UCUUAUAUUCAAGGGGAAAUUACCUUUGACACAGAAUAGCGUUAAACAACAGUUCGGCUGCUAUAAAAAUAAAGCUAGAGCAUAUUCGGAUUUAGUUUAAAAAAUACACGAGAGAAAGCAAACUUGAAAGUAGACACUUGAAAAAAGAAGUAAGUACGAGGAAAUGGCCGAAAGACAAGUUAGUGAUGAAGGAAAUGAUUUCGAAGUUUUGCCAAGACAUAACCAAAAAGAUGGGGAUUUUGUGAGCCUUAACUCAGCAACAUCAGCCGUUGGUGAUCCAUACGAGCAAAGAAAAGAUAUUUUAGAAAGCAAAGUUGCAUUAGAGAAAUUGAAAGGACAACUGAAUUUUGGAAAUGAUGAGAUAAUAGAUGAAAUUCAUGGAAAACUCAAAUCAAGGGAAGCUUUGGAUGCAAGAAUUAGUGAUGAAAUUGUUGUUCUCAAUGAUAUAAGCAACAAUACUGAAUGGAGUGGUGUUAAAGAAGUUACUUCUCAAGCCAAAGAUUUAGUUUCCAAAGUAAAGGAUUUAGCAAAAGAAAAGAAAACAACAGUGAAGCGUGCACAAGAUGUUCUUGAUAUCUGCCUGCCAUCAUUUAUACUUGCCUGUCAGCUAUCAGAAGAAGACAUCAAGCUCUCGUCAGAGUAUUCAGAACUGCAGGACUUGUAUCAAGAAACAAAAGCAGAAGUGCUAAGGUGUCAGCAGGAAUUUAAGAUGGAGGAAAGAGAAGAAAAAAUUAAGGAGGGACAAGCAUUACUGCAGAGGUCAAUAUCAGCAGCAUCAAGUGAAUGUGAAAGAAUAGAUGAUCUGCUUGUGAAGGAGAAAGACAGUGCAAAUUUUGAGAAGUUCAAACAAGAUGAGAAUCAUGUAGACUUGAUGAUAAAAGCUGAAAUACAUGAGCUUGGUGAUUGGCUAAAGAGUUGUCAAAGUGAUUCUUACAAAAUAGAAUCUGUGAUUGAAGAUCAAAACCAACUGUUCAUUGAUGCAACAACAAAAUUCAAUGGACAUGUUCGAGAAAUAGGUGUAUCAUUAGAGAUAAAUGCUGGGAGACAGGCAGAUUUGAUGAAGCAAUUAGAUGAAUUGAGAAAGGAAGAGGAAAAGUUGAAAAAUGAACGGAUGUUUCAAGUAAAAGUCCAACAAAAGGCUGAAGAUUUCAAUGUGAAAUUGCUAGCUGAACUUAAGUCUCUGCGAAAGAAGAUCAAUGACAUAAAAGAACAUGCUUCUACUGCAGAGGAAAUAAUGCAAAACAUCAAAGAGUGCAGUAAUCUUCUUCUUAACAAGUCAUUUGAAAUACAAAAGGCAAGAGAAGAGAAGCUGUCACAACUGAUGAUCGAGGCUCUUAUGCGCGAAAGAAAUGUCAUGUCUACAGCAGUUGUUGAGCUUAAACUCAGAGAAAAGAUGGCUGAGGAGAAUAUUGGAGAAUAUGUUUGUCAGAUUGAGCUUAUACGCAAAGACAUCGGAAAAGCAGCUUCAAAGGGGCAGGGUCUGACUGUCUCAAAAAAGAGACAAGAGUUAAAUGAGUACGAAGAGGAAGUGGAAAAAGAGAAACAAAAUCUAACUGACUGCAAAUCCAAGAGUGAGGAAGUCAUGGCACGGCUCGAGAAAGUCGACGAGAAGCUCGAAAAGCUUGGUGUUUCAAGUCAGUCAAUUGAUUCAAUGAUUGCUCAACAGCUUUCAGAAAUGCAAGUAGGAUCUUCUGGUCCCAUGUCUUUUGUUUCUAUGUGAGAUCGUUACCUUCUCAAGAGGGACAGUUGAAUUGUAGAUUAAAGACCAACUCUGAGUGAUUGAAAAGUGUCCAUUUUUGCGCCGUUUCUGGAAGUAAAUAUCCCUAGGUCUACCUCUAUUUUAGAAAAUUAUUAUUUCUCAUAAUAUUUUUUUAUUUCAUUUUUUAUUAUACCCUGAAAAUGGGUUUUGUACAAAGUAAUGAUUCAUCAGCUUGUUGAGAGACACUUAAGAUUAACUGAUCCGGGACGUCGCUAUGCAACGGGCGGACAUCCACCGUAAGUCCUCGAAUAAGCCCCCACCUUCGAAUAAGCCCAACCCCCUCGAGUAAGCCCCCAUCCUAAAGUAAUUAUUGUGAAAUAAGCCACCACUCUCGAAUAUCCCCCAUGGGCUGAACUAUUGCCUUGACAGCAGUGGGUUUAUCCCAAUAAUCUGCAUUUUUAAGCAAACUGACCAGCCUCGUAUAGAGAAAAAAAAUUUAGCCUUGUAAUAUUUUUGGCUGCUGCUGAAUAAGCCCCUACUUUCGAAUAAGCCCCCCCCCCCUUUCAAAUAAGCCCCCACUAAAACUUGUUUUUGCAAAAGAAGCCCCUGGGGCAUCUUCGAGAACUUGCGGUAUUACUGUUACGAGUUUUGAAAGCAACGAAUUAUGUUCAGAAGCUUUGCCAUAGAAGUAGAUAUAUGAAGCGUAAUUCCAUUUCAUAAUCAGUUUAACGACCCAGCAAAGUCCUAAAGAUCACUUUCCAUCUAUAAUCUCUGUUUUAUUCAUGUAAAUAAUUGUGGAUCGUUUUGUGAAGAAACUCGGCCUUCGCUGUCUGUAUUCGCCACCCUUUAGCUGUAUUUUCCAGUUCUUAAGCGUUCUCUGCAAAUUCUGGUACUUUUAGCUACAGCUGCAAGCCUAUGGAGCAGCAAACACACGGUCAAGAUCCUGCAAGACUUUUUAAAUGACUUGUGUUCUUUUGCUUAAUACUUUUCCAUGAUAUUUUAUCGGUCCUAAGUUUUUCAUGUAUGCAGUUUACAUCAAUAAGCAAACCGCCUCCUCUGGCUAUAGGAUAGUUUAGUUUUAGUUUUAAUUGGCGUAUCAAUUUUCCUUAUAAUACAAAUAAUUUUGAAGUAUAUAAUAUCUUAGAAAUCAUAAUGGGCUGAGGAUUUCUUUAUUUUCAAUAAAAUUGAGAGGAGCAAGAUUGAA